ACAAACAGUCCACAUUUUGCCUUGCUUUGCUUUCGCAAACAGCUUACUUCACGCCAGGUGUUUUCGUCCCCCUCGUUCGUCCCCCUCGUUCGUCGCCCUCGUUUGUCGCCCUCGCUCGUCGCCCUCGUUCCGUGAAUCCCGCUGAAACCUCCAUGCACCAUGGCCGACGAGCCACCACCGCACCACUCCAGCCGCUCGCACAGCUGCUGCGGUGACGACUGCCGGUGCCGUCAACAUCAUCUUCAUCACCGUCAUCCUGACGGCAGCGUGGCGGCGAUGGCGGCAGCCGUGAGACAAGGCCGGCUGUCGCGGCAAUCCCUAGAGCGGCACUACCGGGGCAUGUGCCUACAGCUGAACCCGGGGAUUAACGCCGUCUGCCACCUCUGCCCCGCGAGCUCACCAGUACCACUGCUUCUGCCACCCGCGACGCGAGUAGGCCUAGGAGUAGAUUCAGACAAAGGUGCCACAUAUACCGCGUCGCGGGAUUCUGCAUCUGCUGACGCUGAUGGUUCUGCUGCCGUUGCGCGGCCUCUAGAGGGAAUCCCGUUCCUCGUCAAAGACCUAGUGCACGUGGCGGGUGUCCCCACAGCAUGUGGAGACAUGCGUCUGGCCACGCUGCCGCCUCCGCCCUCCUCUGCCUCUGCCGUCUCUCUCCUGCAAUCCCUCGGUGCUGUGCCCAUCGGCAAGACCAACGUGCCUGCUCUCUCGAUGGACUUUCAGACGUUUAACGGCGUUUUUGGCGUCACCUGCAACCCGCUCAACCACUCCCUCACACCCGGGGGGAGCUCUGGAGGGUCAGCAGCUGCAGUGGCAGCAGGCAUGGUGCUCUUUGCUCUGGGAACCGACCUCGAGGGCUCCCUUCGACUGCCUGCGUCGUUCUGCAGCCUUUGCUCUCUCCGUCCGUCUCGCGACCGCUGGCCUGUGCUAGGCUCCGACGUCCCUCUUCCGUCGCUGGGCCUGCUCUCCUCCCUGCACACCUACGGCGUCUUCACUAGGACCAUGGAGGAUCUCCAGUUCAUCAUGUCUGUUGUCCUCUCCCGCCUUCCACCUCCACCUCCCCUCCUCCCUGCCUCUCCUCCCCCUCGUUCACCCCCGCGUUCCCCAUGUCCUCCUCUCCGAGUAGCCGUCUCCGGGCAUCUCCCCGGCGCCCCCGUUGAUUCCCGCAUCUCCCUCCUCUUCCAAGCCCUCGCGGCGACUCCCAUGCCCGCUUCUAUGGCUUGCUCGGAUCCUGCAUAUGCCGCUGCUGCUGACACCGGCAGGAAGCAAGGGAAGCAGCAUCAGCAUCAGCAUGAGCGUGGGGGCAGGCAGCAAGUGGAGUUUGUGUUGACAGACGCUCCCAGGCUGGACUUUAAAGCACUGGACAAAGCAUCCAAGGAAUUCAUCUUCGCAGCUCAGAAGCAAGCCCAGCGGCACCAAUCCCCAGGCCCCCAAGGGAGCAAGAACAGUGGGGAGAGCAGGAAAAGUGGUGCGAGGAAUGCAGUGGAGCGGGAUAGGAACGAGGAGGAGGAGGCAGAGAGGCAGCAGUGGGAGGCUGAAGUGGGAGCAGCACGGAGGACACAGCAGCAGCAGCAAGCUGUGGUGGACGCUUUUCUCUCCGACAACAACCUCGCUGCUUGGAUCCUACCAGUCGCCUCUGUCCUACCGUUCCCCCACAACCCUCAACACCAGCCGCUCACGAUCGCAGUGAGCGGCAGUGACAAGCAGCAAGCCCAACAGCAACCUCAGAUUCAGCAGCAGUGGCAGCAAGUGCCGUACCCCCGCGCCCUGCGGUCCUUCACCAUGCCGCUCACUAUCACGGGCCACCCCGUUGUGGGCAUGCCCCUCGGCUGGAUCGAUGGACUCCCAUGCGGCAUGCAGGUGGUGGGGCCCAUGGGGCAGGACAUCCCUCUGCUGCGCCUCUGCUGCCAAAUUGAGGCGCACUUGCAAGAGGCUGGAGGUCGCUUUGGCACCACCUUUAGGCCGCGUUGCAGCAGCAGCACCACGAGCCGCCCUCUCUUUGCCCGUUCCCUGCACAGCUGCCUCUGAAUAAAAAAAAAAAACCCAACCAGUGCAACCGAUGGAUAUCUGUGCCCGACGCCCAUGUAGACGCCCGUGCAGACGCCCGUGUAGUGGAUAUAUGUUCUGUGCAAAUUAUGUGUACUGGUUUAGGAAGUCUGGACACCUGAACAACAACACUGCGUUGCAACUUGCAAGUGAUGCGUAAUGUGUGUUGGUUUUUUGUCUAGCAGAGGGGGGGCGACGAGGAUAAAUUCCCUAAGUCCGGACAGCGCAUACUAAUAGUG